GUCUUUAUGUCUGUUGUUCAUGGGGUGGUUAUAGUCUUUCGUAUUCAUUGUGGACUUUUGUUAGUGGAAGUGGUUACAUGCAGUUUCCUCCCCGGUGUAUUCAAAAUUAUUGAUCAAGCAAUUGGGGAAAAAAACUUUAUUCAUAGUUUUCUCGAGUGGAAACAAUUUCGUUUUUGUUUUUGUUUUAAUUUUAAUGCAAAUCAGGAGUGCUUUACAGAUUUCCAAAUGCUAAGAACACUGUCCCACAGUUUUACACUUCAAGAAACAAUGCCUGUGGAUUAUACAACUUAUCUUCUGUCAACAAGCCCACCUGCUUCCAUGCUGGAGCAGUUAUUAUCAAGUCACUGUGACAAGAUACCUACACAUGACUUGAAUAGAAAUGUGUUUUCGUUCUCGGAAACAGCAGCUGAGGUCAAACUAAUGGAGAAUGAAAUGGAAAAGAAACCACCCAAGUCGAUAAUUCAGCGCUGUAACAGUUAUGAAGAAGAAGAAGUUGAAUCUUCUUCAGGGUGUUCAUCCGGGCGCGAGUCUCCUACUCCUCCUUCACCAAAGGGGAAAAAAAGAGUUUCGUUUGCAGACAAUCGAGGAUUUGCUCUCGCAACUGUUAAAAUCAUGACAGAACCUUCAGAUGUACCUCCAAGACUCAGACCUGAAAUUCUGGAGUCAAUAACUCAGGGGGCUACAGCUGGGGUUUGUUCUGGACCUCCCCUUAUUCUAGAUUUCAAACAACCAGCCUCUGACUAUCUUUCCUUCAGAGACAAAUUGGAGAAAUAUUGUGUUUCUUUGGAAAAUGUCAUAAUUCGAGACUAUACAGUCCUUGGAACUGUUAAAGUUAAAAAUCUAUCUUUUGAAAAGAAAGUGAUUCUGCGAUGCACUUUUGAUUCUUGGGAGACACACAUGGAUGUAGAAUCUAACUAUGUGCCAUAUUCUGAGACUAACAGUAUGUAUGAUACAUUUUCUUUCGAAUUUGAAGUGCCUACAAACUUCGACCAGCAGAAAAAGAUGGAAUUUGCCGUCUGCUUCGAGGCAGAUGGAAAGCAGUUAUGGGAUAACAAUGAAGGGAAAAAUUACAAAAUUUUUUCAGCAGAUGCCAAAGCUUCUCCUCAAGAGGAUGCAAAACCUGUCAAACCUGUGGAAGAUAUCUCCAAACUAAGAAAUGUGGAGUCAUGGACACAGUUUGCUCCAUGGAACAAAGUAGACACAUCUCUUCCAUAUUGGUAGCAUUUUUCACGAUCCUUCUUGAAUUGCUGUGGUGAUCAAACCCACAGGUCUAAGAACAAGGCUCUAACAACCAAGAAUUUCUGAUGAAGUUCCCCUUCACAGAAGUUUAGUCAGGUCUGUGAAUCUAGAAAAAAACAUGGGUGUCAUUGAAUGGACAAAAAAUUCAUCCAUCAGACUAGUGUCUACCCAAGGUUGUGCUGGCUGUGAUGUGAUAAACAGUUGCCAAUGUCAGUGUUUAACACAGGCAUGAGACUGUACAUUAUGUGUACAAAUGUAGAAAUCAUGUAUAUGUAUAAUCUAUAAAUACAUGCAUAUGAGAUACAUUUUGUAAUAUAAGUUCAUGUGUCACUCGAGUGUUUUUCAUCUUGUUUGAAAUCAGUUGAUGAGGAAUGUUAUUAAUUACUAGUAAUGUAAUUACUGAAUACUGGCAUACAGUCUAAUUUCCUGUAAAUUUAUUGUUUAAGAUCUCUUAUUGACUUCAAUAUGUGAAUAUUGGAAGAAUCUAUAUUGAUUUCAGUGGAUUUUUCAAAUGUGAAUGAAUGUACAAGUCGACACAAACGAAUGAUGUUGAUCUUAUGGGUGUCCUCAUAAUGCUACACAAGUCAUAUCUGCACACAAAUUUAAUAUUUAAGAAAAACUGAAGAAAAAUCAUAUUGAAGUCGAUACAAUUUUUAAAAAUAUUUUUAAAGUAAUAUUAAGUAAUUGCAGUGCAAUUUUUUAUAUACUAUUACUUGUGCAUGUAAUUUUUACAUCACAUAUAUAUAUAUACUUGUAACUGUAUGUUCACUGUAUGUCUAUGCACAGAGUGCACGUUAUACUAUGGUUUCAUCAAGGGAACAGGUACUCCUUAUCUCUGAAGAAUAGGGCAACAGAUAAUAUAACCCUGUCUCCUCAUCAUUCAGCAUUCACACACCAUGGGCAUUAUCAGUCUGACGUUACCCCUGCAUAACCAACAUAAAGAAAGAUAACUCUUACUCUUUCCACGGUAGACUUGUAUAUGUCAUAAUAAUAAUAUUUACAAGGUGGUACACAACCAUCUGCAGGUUAUGUAGGUUAGUUAUUCUUUGUUGCUUUUAUUGUUUUGUUAUCAAUAUUAUUUUUUGUUGUAAAUUUUGUGUCACAGCUUUAACAAUCAAAUCAUUACAGAUUGAUUUUCAGUACUAACUACUUGCUUUCUGUGUCAUAGUUUAAGUAUAUAUGUAUUACUGUAUUAUCAUUUUCAAUCCUUGUUGUUUAAUAUCUAUAACAAUGUACAUCAUUCAAUUUGAAAUUUUAUGAUGAAAAAAUUCAUUUUCUUGAUUUAGCUUAUUCAAACAUGUCCAAUACAUGAAUCAUUUCUGGAGGAAUUAAGCUUAAUUUGUAUAGAAUUUGCAUAGAAUCUCCUUCUGUUGCAAAGUUCUUUGUAAUAAGAAUGUACUGAUUGAUGAUUGAAGCACUGAUGUCCUAACACUAUUGAAGAAUUUAAACCUUA